AAACAUCUUCUCAGUAAUCCUCGUUUUCGUGUGCUAGGAGAGAGAAACAGGGAAGAAGUUUGUGUCAAUCUGUAAGAUUUUUUUAAGAGAGAAAAAACUUAAAACCUAAUCUAUCAUUCUUCUUCUUCUUCGAAUUUUCUUCAUGAAAUUUGUGAUUCAAACCCUAAUUUUGACGCUUUAACGAUCAAUAUCAUUAACAGGGAAGGAGAAAUAAUACUUGUACAAUAUGAACACUAGCAGUACUAGCAGCAGAAUAAUGGGAAACACCAACUUUGGGGAGAAGGCCUUUUCUCUUGUACCCGGAGGCUAAUCAACUCUCAGUUCUUUCAAUUAUUUAAUCAACCAUGAGGCUGAUACUUCAAUUAAUUAGUUAUUCAACCAUGAGGCUUCUUAAAGAUUCCAUGGAUUUCUCUCAUGCUAAGAUAUUUUCAAUACCCUGAAACGGUUCUGCGAAUGAACGCAUAAUUGUAAUCUAAGCUUAACUGUUUGCUUUAUCUGUUUUGUUUUAUACUUGGUAAGCUGUUGUAGUAUCUUUGUUGAAACAAUAAAAAAUGUAUAAAUUAUUGGCUACUAAAUUUUUCAGGACCACAUGCACAUUAGCUUCCUUGGCAUGGUUUUGUUUGGGUUUUUUUAGAGUAGGAGUUGUACAGUAGGGUAGUUUUUGGACUUUUGGAGUUAGAUCUGUGCAUAGGAAUUACUACAGUAAAGAAAAAUGGACGUGAGGAGCGCAAAGGUGUUGGGUAAUGGACAAACUAUAGUGGUUGAUUUAAAGCGGAAGCGUGCAGCUCAAUGUGCAGCACAAUUUACUGGAGCCGCUCGAAUGGCUGCACGGCAGUUUCCCGCACUAUCGCCUCCCAAGAGGCUUCGUAAGCGGACGAGGUCUAGUGGAUGCAAAAACAGUUGUGGAUCCCAUUUUAAGAAAUCAUUGCUGAAGAACUAUUCAAAUUUUAUGAAGAGUGGAUUGCCUCAGCGUUUGAUGUAUUACAAUGGUGACUGGGCUGAUUUUCCUGAAGGUUUUAUUGGAUUGGUCAAAGAAGAUUUCCGGGUAAAGAAGGCGGCCAUAGAAGUGGAGUUCAAGGGUCAACGUUCGGUUUUGGACUUCCUUCACAUGGUUCAAAUUGAUUUGAAGACGGGUUUACAGAAUCCGAUUGCAUGGAUUGAUGAGGAGGGCAGUUGUUUCUUUCCCGAAUUAUAUACUGAUGCCAACGAGUUACAUGAUUGUGCUCAGGCUGCAAAUGAAAAAGAUGGAACAUAUUUUUAUUCAGAGCCAAACGGGAUGCGUGAAAUAAAAUUGCAACUGGAGAUUGAACUAACUGGAGUUGAUAGCUCGAAGAUGGUAGAAUGCAUUGAAGAGUCUAACACUUAUGUUAAGAGGCUUAAAGUUGAUGGAAAACCUGUCAGCAAACAUUAUGAGAUGGAACAGGAUGACAACAUUGACAACAUUGCUGAUUUGAAGGAGGUAAUUGGGGAAAACAAGUUGCCUGAUGCAACAUCUAACUGGCAAAAUGCUUCUCUAGAGUCUAUGCAGGGGAAGUUGUCCUUGGAUUCCGUGCAGCACAUGUUCCUCGAGGGUAUGGGUUCAUCCUUUUGUGCACAAAAUAUACUUGAGAUGCGUCGUGGUUCAAGUAUCUCUGCAUUAGCAAGGUUGGAGCUCUUUCAAAAGCAGAUAGAGAUCACUAGGAAGUAUCGGGGCAAUGCAAAUGUUAGAUUUGCUUGGCUUGCUUCUUCCAAGGAAGCUUCAUCCCGGAUACUCACUCAUGGUCUAGGGAUGGAUGGACUGGUUAGUAUGGGGGGACUGGCUAAAACUAAGCCUACAUAUGGCUUUGGUGUUAAUCUUUCUGCAGAUGUCAGUUCAAGUUAUAAUGAUGUUGACGAAAAUGGUGUACAGUAUAUGUUGUUGUGCCGUGUUAUAAUGGGAAAUAUGGAACUUGUUCAACCUGGAUCUGAACAGUUCCACCCAAGUAGUGAAAACUUCGAUAGCGGGGUAGAUGACUUACAAGAUCCCAAGCAUUACAUAAUAUGGAAUGUGAAUAUGAACACUCACAUUUUUCCAGAAUAUGUUAUCAGUUUCAAGGCCCCAUUUGUUGAGAAAGGUCAGGUGGUUUCAACAUGCAGAGUUGAUGUGUCAGGGGUUACUAAUUCUAGAGUUGAUGGGUCAGGUGUUACGAAUUCUGCCUCGUACCAGCAUCAAGUUCAGCAUUCUUCCCCUGUUAAUUCAGUUGUAGAUAUUCAUCAUCAUGUUCAUCAAAUCCCGAGUAAACUUCCAACCGUUGGAUUAACUGCGCCGAAGGUUCCAAAUUCACCAUGGAUGCCUUUCCCGAUGUUGUUUGCAGCUGUUAAAGAUAAAGUUCUACCGAAGGAUAUGGAUUCAAUUAAUCUUUUUUAUGACCAGUUUAAGAAGAAGAUGAUAAGCCGAGAUGAGCUUGUGCAAAAGUUGAGAUGGAUAGUUGGUGAUCCUUUGCUGAGGUCCACGAUUAUCAGUCUUCAGAAGAGCAAGCCCCAUUCAUCUACACCAACUGGUGAGCUGGCUGUAAAGAAGAUGGAUCAGAAGUAGAGUGUGGACCUCCCGUACUGGUGCUGCUGCUAAUUAUGGGUUAGAGAAAUGCGUCGACAUGAAGAUGUGAAUAUCUGUUUCAAAUAUUUCAUUUUUAGUAAUGUUGGAAACAAUGUGGUUUUACUUAAAAAACUAUUUUAGCUAGCUGACGAAGAGGGAUUUUCAAUGAUGCUUUUGUUUAUGACCAUCUAUAAUCUAUUUUGGCAAAUUUCUGGUUCUCUUUGUGUGUUGUAUUAGUAAACUGUUAAACAUGUAUAUGUAUGUCAGUUCCUAACAGGUUUGUUCUGGUGCCAGCAAAGGCUAUUGUCUUGUAAAUAUUGAUAAUGGCCGUGCUUUUUGUUUC